UGCAAUCCUUCAAUAGGACCCAGUUUUUCAGUUUUCAUAAGUAGCAUAGGAACACAAUUAACACAAUCAGUUAUUAAUAAUAAGAUUUUAACGAUUGCAGCAGGUCAAUUUCCUCCUGUAAAUAUGAUCUUCGCUGCCAUUAGUUUUGUAAAUAUUCAGGCAUUUAGUCUUAAUAUAGAUACCGGAAACGUAAGUGCUGGAAUAGAGCAAAUUAAGGCAAUCCGGAACUCUUGGAAUUCUACUGGUUUAGAUGAUUCAAAAUUAGUUUUAGUCGUUGAAUUUGGUGGCAUUGUCGAAAUUGUUUCUUCUAACAAUAUUGAGUCAGAUAUUAAUAACCAACAACUUCACCCAGUAAAUGUCUCAAUUUCAAAUUCUAUACUCCCUAAUUAUGAACCGAUUUCAGAUCAAUGUAAAAAUUCAACAUAUGGAUAUUUGCCAUGGACAAACUUAAAUUAUCAAUCGUUAUAUACCAAAAUCGACUUUGUAAAUAGUAAUGGUCUAGCAGGGAUUGCGAUUGCCGAUAUCACCAAAGAUUCGAAUGAUUUACGGUUGACAAACUUCAUUUUAGGAAAUAUACCACCACUUACUACGUAUAAUGGAACACUUCCAAACAAUGCCUCGUCUAUACCUACAUCACCUACGCCUGGGUCAUCGUCAAAUACAAGUGCAAUAGUGGGUGGUGUGAUAGGUUCCUUUGCUUUUGCUGCCACAGUAGCGGCAGCUGGCUUUAUGUUGUAUCGAAAACGCAGGGCAAAAAUGUCUAAUCUAUUCAUAGAUACAAAUAAUCAGACUUGCUCCGAUACAAAUCAUACAAAUAAUGAGACUAAUACUAAGAAUGCUAACGACUUGACUUGUCAUUAUACGCUUAAAACAAAGGUUGCCGUUUUGAAUUUUGACAAAUGGCAAUGGUUAAAAGUAUUGCAUCGAUUGAAAAAUGCAAUAGGAGCGUAA